AUGAGGGCUGGUCAGGGUGUUUCCAAGCUGGGGCUGAUGGUGAUGUUGGGGUUGUGGGGUUGUAUUAACUGUGACAUUAAGCCAUCACCCAUUGGGGCUUAUGCACACGGUGACAUUGUCAUUGGAAUCUUGGGUUCAGUUCACUCAAAGGUGAACGACCUUCAGGGACGAAUUCGCCCAGAGAUGUUUACCUGCACAGACUUUGAUCUCAUUCCAUUUGUACAGUCUUUAGCUGCAAUUCACACCAUCGAAAUGAUCAAUGAUUCUGGAUUUCUUCCGGGAAUCCGGCUUGGAUAUGCGAUGUGUGAUCCUUGUGUACACGCUACCCAAGCCUUGCACUGUGUGGAGCACAUGCUUUCUGUUAAUGGGACACUUCCAGUCCUCUCUGACUACUCAGACUUCAGGUCACCUGUGAAGGUGUUUUUGGGAGAAAGAUAUUCUGAAUUGUCUAUUCCUAUGGCCAGACUGCUCAGCAUCUACAUGAUUCCACAGAUAAGUUGCACAUCAUCUGCACCAGCACUGAGUGACAAGUUGCGCUGUCCGUCCUUCUUUCGCGUCAUUCCAAGUGACGUCUACCAGACAAAAGCGCUGGCAAAGCUCAUGGCACGUUUUUCCUGGGACUGGGUCGGAGUGGUGUCCUUAGAUGAUGACUAUGGCAAAGCUGCUCUCGAGAACUUUCUGCUGGAUGCAGAGAAAGAACAUGUAUGUGCAGCUUUCCAGGAAGUGGUACCACACUACUUAGACAACAAGUACACCAAGCAGCGCAUCAAGGAGGUGGCUGAUCAUAUCCGAAGCUCCACUGCCAAAGUUGUGCUGCUCAUCCUGAGACCAGAACAUGUGGAGAUGCUGUUUGAAGAGAUGAUUAAGACAAAUACUUCUUUGACUUGGAUCGCCAGCGAUGCCUGGUCCGCAACACGCAACUUAAUGAAAAUAAAGAACAUAAACAAGGUGGGAGACAUCUUUGGCUUUACCUUUGUCACGGGGAAGAUCCCAGGUUUUGAAGACUACCUCCAGAAUCUGAGACCAGGUCGAGGGGCAAGAAAUGAUUUUAUUGACGAGUACAAGCAAAUGAGGUUCAACUGCAGCCCUGACCCCCUGGAGGCGAACGAUGACUACCUGCUCCAUGCUGUGGACGUGACAGAAGCCUACAGUCAGAGAGUAGCAGUGUAUGCUGUGGCUCAUGCCAUCAAGAAACUUCUUCAAUGUAAUGACACUGCCUGCUCUGGAGAUACCAACUUAAGGCCAUGGAAGCUUGUCGAGAUCCUUCAUGAGUUGAACUUUACCUUGGACAGCCAGACAUUUUUCUUCAAUCAAUUUGGCGAUUUUGAGAAUGGUUAUGAUUUCAUAAUGUGGAAGAAGGAAGGUGAUGAAAGAGUGCCUGAAGUGGUGGGAAAAUUUCUCAUAAAGAAUGGAGACGUGGAGAUCUAUGACCAGAAAAUCUUAUGGACCAACAGUUCGGUGCCUUUUUCGAGGUGUUCGCCGUCUUGCCCUCCUGGCAGUGUGAAGAACAUAUCAAAUGUUGCCUGUUGCUACACUUGUACUAUUUGUAAUGAGGGAACCUACACUGACAAAUGGGAUCAACCCACCUGCCAAAAAUGUCCUAACAACACCUGGUCUGAGAAGAACUCGACAGAGUGCAAGCAAAGAACUGUGCUCUUUCUAAAGUGGAAUGACCCUUAUCCCAUUGCACUGAUGGUGGGAGCAGCAAUAGGCGUGUUGUUGCUGCUAAUCUCGUUAAUAUUAUAUGUGUGGCACAAACGCACACCUGUCAUUAAGAAGUCUGGCUUUGAAAUGUCUUGUUUAAUGAAGCUAGGACUGCUUAUUAGUUUUGGAAGCAUUAUUGCCUUUAUUGGCAGGCCAAACAUCCAUCUCUGCAGGGCCCAACAGAUCAUGUAUGGUCUUGGUUUUACCCUUUGUGUGUGCUGCAUUCUAAUUAAGUCCUUCUGCACCUUUUUGGCAUUUCUGGCCUUUGACAUAGACAAGCAGCACAAGCUUAGAAAGCUUUACAAGCCUACUCUCAUCAUUAUCCUUGUCAAUGCUGGCCAAGGGCUUAUUUGUGCAUUCUGGUUGAUAUUUGCAUCCCCAGACAUCGACCUACCAUCAACCCAAAGCAUGUUCAUCAACCUCAUGUGUGCCGAGGGAUCUAUAAUUGGCUUUGCUGUGAUGCAUGCCUAUAUCGCCGUUCUAGCCUUCGUAUGUUUCUUGCUUGCCUUCAAAAGCCGAAAAGUUCCCCAAGAUUUUAAUGAGACAGGUAUAAUCAUCUUUAGCAUGCUGAUCCAUCUGUUUGUCUGGCUUUGCUUUAUUCCAAUCUACAUCACCAAAAAUGAACAGCGGCCGAUUGUUCAGGCUUCUGCCAUCUUGGUCUCCAACUAUGGCAUUAUUUUUUGUCACUUCAUCCCAAAAUGCUACCAGGUCCUCUGGGAAAAGACAGAGAACUCACUGUCUGCGAUCAGGCAGCGGUUAUUUGCAGCUGUUAAAGCAAGUGUACCCAGCUAA